GACCUCCCGCGCCUAAUUCAGGCGCUUCGGGGUCACAUCCAGUCGCUGCUCACCUGCCCGCGCCGGAAGGUGCCAGUUCCCGACAAAGUGCAGCGUUUUGCUUGCGACCUGCUGCGGGAAUCCUUUCAAGUCAGGAAAGGACAGUGGUCGUGUGUGAGCGAUCAACUGUCAGACAUGGCCGAGUUGGCAGUCAUGACGAUUUGGGAUCGCCUUGACAAUGGCAGGCGGACGGAGCUUUCCCAGAUCUUGCCGGAGGGCAUGUGCCAAGCCUUCUCUUCCAGGAAUACACUCUUCCAGUCGACGGGACACCCGAUCAUCGACUGCGAUGAGUACUUCUCUGCUUGGCGUGAGGAUAUCGCUACGCAGAUCAGCCGAGCUUAUGAGGACUGGGACGGUCGUUGGUCAACCUUCGCUGUGCGACUUAAACCGUUGGGCAUGAUCCUUGGCUUGGAGUUUGCCAGGCCCCAGCGCCUUCCAUCGGAGCUCGAGCGCGAGUACCGGCAGCUGCAGGCGGAGUUCAUGGAGAUCGAAGACCGGAUCCAGGUUUGCGUGAACCGCGAGUGCCUGCGACUGUUUCGCAAGAAGCGCGUGGUUGGUGACGACUCGAGCCAAGAGGAGGAGACCGAGAAAAUGCGCGAUGCGGCAGCGGCGAUGCUGCGAGACAAGUGGCCGCGGCUGUCUUAUGCCGUCGCCCUGUGGGCAACCUCCCCUGUGAAAGAACUGGAGUCAACAAGGCUCUUUCUGCAAGCGGUGGACAAGUAUGUGGCCGAGCCCCUCUAUCAGGCCAAUUCUUGGCUCAAUACGCAGGGCGGCAUCGCGUGCAUUUCUUCUGGCUGUGCCGCUGCCCUGGGUGUUGGCUCCUGUGACCAAGCAACGCUCCUGGCGGCAUUGGUGCGCUCGAAAGAGAUCCUUUCCAAGGCGCAGGAUGCCCUGGAUUCUGACUUUGGCGAGCUCUGCCGACGUCACGGAGGGUUUCGGCGAAGUCAAAAUGCGGGGCUGGGCGCACCGAGCGAAGUGGCCAGGACGGCGCUGGCGGCAGCUCAAGAGUCUUUGAGCACUUUGGAAGCCGACUUGCUCGAGGGAGGUGCUUGCACGGCUGUCCUUGGGCCUGUGUUGUACACCAACCUCGAGUUAUCCAAAAUUGGACUGGAGAAGGUUUCUGUGAUGGACCACCAGGUCACUCUGGAAGUGGCAGCUGGAAGAGGCCCGCUUGCGGAUGUCCCCCUUCGCCACCGCGUGGAUCUGGGCCUCCACCACACUGAGAUCUUGGUGAGUCUUCUUCGGACACUCUUGCCUCAGGCUCUGCGUGCCGGGCGACAGGAGCUGGUCAUGGUGGAGGUGGGAACAGGUAAAGCAACCAGCACGGUCCACGUCCUCAAGACUGUGAAGCAAGCCCGGAUCUUCACCAUCGACCCCUGGAUGGAGCAGAACCGCAGCAGGGCCGCGAGAGGCGCCAUGGGCAUCCAAGCCGCUGCAGAGGCCGAGGCGCGGCGAUCUUUAGAGCCCUGGAGCAGCCGCGUGUCCAUCCUCCAGAUGACUGCAGACGAAGCGGCGAAAGUUCUCGCGGAUUCCGCCUUUGACCUGGUUUUCCUCGACGGCGGCCCCGUGAGGGAGUUGAAUGUCCCCAUCUUCAGGCCGAAGGUGCGCCCGGGUGGCAUCCUCUGUGGCCAUGACCUGCCGCACAGCCCCGACUACGUGCAGGUCAUCCUGCAGCACGUCCCUCCGGGCCAGACGCUGGACGUGGGACCGGACUGGAUGUGGUGGUUCGCAGUCUGA